AUGAGCGACUGCACUGCAGUUACUCCAAUAGGCUGCGAUAUCCCCCUCGACCGCUCAAAUGCAUUACCGACCCCGCCGAGCUCCUCAGCCAAACCCCCAAUAUUUACCAACCGACUCUUCACAUAUGCUCUGGGCAAGAAGAUCCACGAGAUUCUAUCGCUGUCGGCCCAUACUCGAGCAGUCAGUGACUACGGAGCCGUGACCCGGCUACACGCCGAGAUUGUUGACUUAUGGAGGAACCACCAUCCUGCCCUGAGAUGCAACAAUCCAGAUACAACAUGGGACAAACACUAUCCCAUAGUCAAGAGACAACGCGAAUUUGCCAAGGCCAUGGCAACCUCGGUGAUCCUCACACUACACAGGGAUCAUGCGGCGAUACAUCAGGAAAGCCGUUUUGAGGCAAUGGAAGCGGCACUGGGUUGUCUAGAGGCUCAAGAUGCUCUCAUGAAUCUCCUCCCCGCAAACCAGCGAUGUAUAUAUGGCCUUUCGUGUCAUUGUAUCGACGCCUGUAUCUUCAUCGCUUACGCUACCCGGCUUGAAGACACAGUGGAUCAAAACAUGCUGGAUCGAGUUCAAACAGGGAUUAAGCAGUCAAUCAUGAGGCUCAGGCAGCUGGAAAAUGAAAGCUCCUUCGCCAAGCACGGAAUUCAGGCCAUGGAGAAAGCUCUCGAGUUAGUUGGGCCACGAGUCCAGCUUGCAGUUGCUCUCGCCGACGACCAAGCCCGGAACUCUCCCCUCGACACAGCACUUUCUUCCAGCAGCGAGAGUAUCGAGCGGAGUCUAAACAUGGCUCUUAAUAACGGCCAGUUUUACCCAGGGAUUUUCGAGCAAGCAGGGGACGUGUCGUUGGCGAUGCCUGAUCUUGGUCUCUUCGGUUUUGAUGUAGCUGGGCACCUCUCAACGGAUGGAGGGGUUUUGGGCGAGACACGGUACUACCUGGAUCCGAGUCGGCAGUAA